UGAGUUUCGGAACUCGCAGACAGGAGGGAGCAAGCAGUCAAGGAAGAGUUCCCGGGAAACCCUUUGGAACAGAAGGAAAGUGGGGCUGACAGCAGAGAGGUGCCUCACCCCAGGCAGCUCUGCCGGGCUCCAGCAUCUGCUUCUGAGAGCACUGCCGAGUGGCCACCUGUGAAACCUGGUGGCCCAACACAGGACCGUGCCUGGCUUUCUUCACAGACCAUCUUCUGCUUGGAUUAGAAACUGACUUUCCAUCGGGGUCCAGGUGAACCCACGGGAGAGGAUGACCCAUAUGGGAGACUGCAAACGGAUGCCCUGGCUCCCGGUCCUGGUGGUGUCUCUGAUGUGUUCGGCCAGAGCAGAAUACUCUAACUGUGGCGAGAAUGAGUACUACAACCAGACCACAGGGCUGUGCCAUGAGUGUCCCCAGUGUGGACCAGGGGAGGAGCCCUACCUGUCCUGUGGCUAUGGCACCAAAGAUGAGGACUAUGGCUGUGUCCCCUGCCCAGCGGAGAAGUUUUCCAAAGGAGGCUACCAGAUAUGCAGGCGCCACAAAGACUGCGAAGGCUUCUUCCGGGCCACCGUGCUGACACCUGGGGACAUGGAGAACGAUGCUGAGUGUGGGCCUUGCCUCCCUGGCUACUACAUGCUGGAAAACAGACCCAGGAACAUCUACGGCAUGGUCUGCUACUCCUGCCUGCUGGCGCCCCCCAACACCAAGGAAUGUGCGGGAGCCACUGCAGGGGUUUCUGCCAACUUCCCCAGCACCUCUGGCAGCAGCACCCUCUCUCCUUUCCAGCACGCCCAUAAAGCAGAGCUGUCAGGCCAAGGACACCUGGCCACGGCCUUGAUCAUCGCCAUGUCCACCAUCUUCAUCAUGGCCAUUGCCAUUGUCCUCAUCAUCAUGUUCUACAUCAUGAAGACAAAGCCUUCGGCCCCAGCCUGCUGCACCAGCCACUCAGUGAAGAGUGUGGAAGCCCAAGUGAGCAAGGAAGAGGAGAAGAAAGAGGCCCAAGACAGUGUGGUGAUUUUCUCUGAGAAGGACGAAUUUGAGAAGCUGACGGCAGCUCCGGCAAAGACUGUCAAGAGCGAGAACGACGCCUCGUCUGAGAACGAGCAGCUGCUGAGUCGGAGCAUGGACAGUGACGAGGAGCCCGCCACCGACAAGCAGGGCUCCCCGGAGCUGUGCUUGCUGUCGCUGGUCCACCUGGCCAGGGAGAAGUCAGUCGCCACUACCAAGUCGGCCGGGAUUCAAAGUCGGAGGAAAAAGAUACUGGAUGUGUAUGCCAAUGUGUGUGGAGUCGUUGAAGGUCUCAGCCCCACGGAGCUGCCAUUUGAUUGUCUUGAGAAGACGAGCCGAAUGCUCAGCUCCACAUACAACUCUGAGAAGGCCGUUGUGAAAACAUGGCGUCAUCUCGCCGAAAGCUUUGGACUAAAGAGGGAUGAGAUUGGGGGCAUGACAGAUGGCUUGCAGCUCUUUGACCGCAUCAGCACAGCAGGCUACAGCAUCCCAGAGCUGCUCACAAAACUGGUACAAAUCGAGCGGCUGGAUGCCGUGGAGUCCUUGUGUGCAGACAUACUGGAGUGGGCUGGGGUGGUGCCACCUGCCUCCCAGGUACCCACUACAUCCUGAGGAACAUACCUGUGGACUGUCCUUCUCAGGAUGCACCAAGAGUCUAAUGGGGGCUCUGGAACUGUGAGUGGUGCCAACAGACUACCCAAGAAUCAAAGCUUUUUCAGCUAUAUCAUCAGGGUAUGCCUUAGGCUGUUCCAGGGAACAAGAGGAAAUGAGGUCUGUCUUCCAGUCUAACUACAGUUGAAAGGUGGGUAGCUAGGCUAUUCCCUGCUACCCACCGGCACCUCACCAGAUGAAAUGAAUAUGUAUUCAUCCAGCCAGCCCACCCGCCAUUAUCUCAUUCAAGGGACAUUGUUGGGUACUCAAAUGAACCAAACAAUGUGGGGAUGACAGAGGUGAAGAAUCUGAUCCCUGUUUAAGGAGUUUACAACCCAGUGAGAGACAGAAGAUAUGUCCACAAACCACUUUGCUAGAAGAUGCCAUGCAAUCUGAAUGAGGGGAUUCUAAGAAAAUGUAAUAAAAGUUCUGAGAAAGAGAGAGAUGGUUUCCCACUGAAGUGAUGGAGGCAUCCUCAUGAAGAAAUCAGCUCAAAAGUUUGGUCAAAUGACUACAAAAUGCAGACACCCCACUCCACGUAUUGUUUCAGGUUUGGUACAAGUGGCUUCGUUAGAAUAACUUUGCUUAUUCUUGAGGUCAUCCAUAUUCCUACAACCUUCCUAGUCACUAGUGGAAGAGUUCACUCUGUAGCCUGCUUUAUGUCAUGAUAUGCAAGGCAUGUAUUUGUCCAAUCAAGUAGGCCUGUGCAGUAGUUAAUUUCAUUUGCUGUGUGAGUCUUAGACCUGGGAGCUCAAUGGUUUUGUAUUAUACAUGAAUUGCCUUCCACUCUCAUUCUCAGUCAGAUUUGACCCUUUGGGGGCAGCAGUACUCAAAGGUCACAAGCCAUUUACAUUAUGUGUCAGGCUGUUUUUGCCAGAAAGAGAAAUGAGUGGUUUGCUCUGCUGAGAAAGGGAAAUGAUGACUUCCUAAGAGUUCAUCCAUGCAUAAUUCUAGAUUUCCAGAGUGUUUAAAGACUUGUGGAUGAGACGCAUGAUGUGAGGGUUUUAGACUUUGUACUUCUGAGCCAGUUGGGGAAAGUGGCGCCCCCUGUACAAGGAGAGCCUGCUUGGAGUCCAGGAACCUGGUUCCAGUUGUGCCAACUUGGGCCAUUUUCUUCUCCCUCCUUAGGCCUCAGUUUAUCUUCUGCAAAUGAGAGAUUAGUCUGUGAUUCUAUCCUCACAGGAAAAGGAAGGUUCAGCAAAAAGAAAGUGGAGCUAUAGGAAAUGCCAGGCCUUUGAGGUGCUCCAUGGAAGUGAAUACAGUACGUCGUCAAGAAAAAUAGGAAUAAAAACAGAAAAACUCAGAUUUGGAGUUUUCACAGAAACUGCAAUUUCUUAGCAUAAAUUCAGAAAUAAAGUUAUUAAACUGACAUGGUUCUUGGUAAAUUCUUUUAACUGCACCUGCAAUUGCCAAGAGCUUGGGAGCCAGGGUAAUAAUCACACCAGGGGGUUAGUUUGGAGAGCACUGCUGAGCUCCCCAAGGACAGGUCUGACUGUGAUUAUUACUAAAUUAAAACCAGCCUCUCACUAAUAAAGCAAUGGUUUUUGUUUGUUUUUUAAAUUACAAGUCGCAUGACUGAGCAAAUGCUUUGGGGGAAGAAAUCAGUCAUAUGUUUAAAGCCAACGAGCAAUUUCCCACCAAUGAAUGUAGAACAUACUGUGAUGGGAUCAUAAUGAGGUCCUGAAUAUUUAAUAUCAUCAUUUACUAUGUCUGUGUGCUGCUGUUUGUGAGAACCCAUUUGGUGUAUUCUGCAAGCUAAAUAUGCCACUGCAAAACUUAAUUACCCUUUUUAACUCUUCUUGAAACCCUGUGGUGCCCCUUUCCUCUGCUUUGUGAUUAUGAUGAUGAUGAUCUCCCCCUUGAUUAGACUGCAAAUGUCACCUGUGAUGAGCAUGCUGUUCUGGAAUAAUAGCUUGCAGCUUCUUUAGAACUACAUUUUCAGGGAAAGAACAGGGGUGGCUGUUCUCUGCCCCCCACUCUGGGGGAAGUGUCCCUCAUUUCACGUUGUUAGAAUUCUGGGGCCAGAGGUCCAGCCAGCAUCAGACCACGUUUCAUUGACUCUCAAUCUGCCAUUUUUAGAGAGCUAGUCAUUAUAGACUUACACAUUCCUUUGCCAUUUACUUAUUUGGAGACCAAUCCCAGGAAUGUUUACUCUGAUAAGCUUUAGCCUACCUAUGAAAUUCAAACCAAUGAGACCAUAACGACUAUCAUUGACCGAAGCUGGGACUCCACCCUGCCAUUUUGAACGGAGACAGUCAUCAUUUUGCUCUACUUAAAAACAUUUAGAAAAAACCCCAGGCUAGAGCUGUGGCCCGUAGCCAGUGAAGUCUUCUCAAUUUUUUUGUCUAAUUCUGUAUAUAUAACUUAUUGUAUUUUCCAGUUUCA